UGACAUUCAUGCAGGAGUGCCAGACGGCAUGGGGGCAGACCUUCGCUGGGUGGAGUGGCGCGAGUCCAGAAUGCACCACUGCCACCGGCCUCACCUGCGACGCCACCGGCAUGAUUCUGUCCUUGCAACUCCGCAACUACAAGCUGGCAGGGCAGAUUCCAAGCUCGGUCAGCAACCUCAAGAAGAUCAUCUAUCUCGAUCUUGCAAGCAACCAGCUGCCAGGAAGCAUCCCCGCAACCGUGACUGCACUAAGCCUGCUGAAAUACUUGUGGCUGUUCAACAACACGCUCACUGGCCCAAUCCCGGCUGACAUUGGCGACAUGACUAGCCUGAUAUCCCUCCCUCUCUACACCAACAUGCUGUCAGGAUCCCUGCCCGCCUCAAUCUCAAAACUCACUGCACUCACGUAUCUCUCUUUCGCUACCAACCAGCUCAGUGGGCCCAUUCCUGCUGAGAUUGGCUUGCUGACCAAGCUAGCAACUAU